UAUUUGUCAAACGGAAGAAAAUCGAGAACAUUUGUCGGUACUCUAUAACAUGGUACUUUCUUCGAUUUGUAAAUACAAUUGGUAUUGUAAAUUGUAUGUUUUGCACUUUGUUUGGAGACAAUGUAGAAACUCUCUUAAAGCGAACAAUUGCAUGAUUAGUAAUUCAUUUCUUCUAAGAGAUAUUUUCUGAGUCCAUAAAGUAAUUAUGAAGUUUGUUUGACAAUUUGAUGGCGUCAGUGUCGCUUCACAAUUACUAAUUAAUAGAAAGCAAUAAAUGCAAUAAAUAAAUGACUAAACCUGUGUGAAUACACGCGUUAUAUAUAUAUAUAUGUAUACAUACCUUUAUGUCGUGGUCGUUUUUUUUUUAUUGGAAAAAUAUGGGAGUGUAUGUAUGUAUGUAUCAAAUUUAAACAAUUUUCUGUUAAUUAUGUAUAUAUUUAAAUAUCGAUUAUUACAUUAAAUUUUCGUAAAUUUCUUUUGAAUGAUUGUCUAUUUGUAUCGCAAUAUAAUUAGAGGUUAGUAACAGAAAUCUGUAAAACAAAUAGCAUUUGCACGUACGUGUGCAACAUACGCCCCAACAUACGUCCCAACAUAUACCUAAUAAUUGAUUAGUUCGUAGUUAAAACGAAUUUUAUAUUAAUCGUAAAUUGUAAGUUUAUCGUAACGUAGUUUGAAUAUCCCGCCAUUUAAAGCGUAGUUGGUACAUGCGACUGAAGAGGGUACAUGACCAUUAUCGACAUCGCAAAAUUCCUAUCUAUAUAAGCCUGCUAGUGAUUUACAUCAGUUUUAACGAAGAUUCAGAAAGUGUAUCUUUGUCCAUGACUAGCAAUAAACAGGAGAAUUAUCGCAAACCGCCCUCGGUUUUAUAGGCAACAUUUGCAACGCGAAAUAUAUUAUUACGCGUACUGUGAUAAGACUUUGUGUCUUCGUUAAAUGAUCAUAAUUCGUAGUACUUGUUAUAAGUGUUAAAUCUUUUAUUCUGUUGUUUUAAGUUAUUAAUGACUUUCGAAAUUUAAUAUACAAUCAAGAAUAAUGGGUGUUGGCCUCAAACCAUUAGAAUUUACGGAUUGCUUAACCGAUAGCCCCUAUUUUCGAGAAAAUCUUCAUUAUCAUGAACGUGAAUUGGAGAAGACCAGCCAACAAAUUAAACGGCUCAUCAAAGAGGUCAAAGAUCUUUUGCUAGCUGCCAAAAAUUUGUCCAGAGCACAGAGAGCAUUUUCUAAAACAUUGCAGAACUUUAGCUUUGAAUGCAUUGGGGAAACUCAAACUGAAGACGAAACUCACAUAUCACAAAGCCUAAAGGAAUUUGGUAAACUUAUUGCAACAAUAGAGGAUGAAAGGGAUCGCAUGCUUGAACGUGCUUAUGAUCAAAUUAUACUUCCCUUGGAAAAUUUUAGGAAGGAACAUAUCGGAGAGGUUAAGGACGGGAAAAAAAAGUUUGAGAAACAAACUAUUAAAUUUUGUCAAAGCCAAGAACGUUACUUAAAUCUAUCUACUAAAAAACAAGACAAUGUUCUUCAAGAGGCUGAUGCAACAUUGGAAAUGGCUGAAAGACAUUUUUGCCAAGCCAGUUUAGAAUAUGUAUUCUUACUUCAAGAAGUUCAAGAACGGAAAAAAUUUGAAUUUGUUGAAACUCUACUAGGCUUCAUGUUUGGCUGGCUAACGUUUUACCAUCAAGGUCAUGAAGUUGCAAAGGAUUUUAAACCUUACAUGACUGAAUUGCAAUUAAAAAUACAGAAGACUAGAGAAAAUUUCGUUGCUACCCGGGAUAAAACACAAUCACUUAAGAAUAAAAUGAUGGAUAUGAAAAAGUCUGCUGUGGAAACUGGCGUUAACAAAAUAUACACCCGUGAGGGAUACCUAUUUCUAAUGGAAAAGAAAGCAUUUGGCACAACAUGGACAAAACAGUAUUGUACAUAUCAAAAAGACAAAAAAGAAUUCACGAUGAUACCUUACAAUCAGCUUACAGGAAAAUUUAGUAGCAAAGAAAUUUUGACACUGGCAUCUUGUGUACGUCGUACGUCGGAUACAAUCGAAAAGCGGUUCUGCUUUGACAUCACGACUGUUGAUAAGCCUAAUGUAAUAUAUACGUUUCAAGCACUUUCCGAAGAAGACAGGAGGUUAUGGUUAGAUGCCAUGGAUGGUAAAGAACCUAAUUACCCUGCAGUAGGCGUAUCAACAAAAUCCGAAGAAACUGUCUUAAAUGACACAGGAUUUAUGUUUGUGUCAAAAUGUAUUGCAGCGCUUGAAAAAAGAGGUCUUGAAGAGCAAGGCCUGUACAGAGUAGUUGGUGUCGCAUCGAAAGUAAAUAAACUUUUGGCAAUGGGUUUAGAUAGGAGGAAAUUAGAAAAAUUUAAUAUGGAUGAAUGGGAAAGUAAAACUAUUACUAGUGCACUGAAAACCUAUCUGAGGACAUUAUCUGAACCGUUAAUGACUUUCCGAUACUACAAUAGUUUUAUUUCAGCUGCGAAACAAGAAAUGAAAGAAGCACGAAUAAAUGACAUUCACAGUCUCGUUUACCGAUUACCGAAAGCAAAUUACGAUAUGUUAAUCCUUCUUAUUAGACAUCUCUGUCGUGUGGCGAAGAAAAGUGAUAAAAAUUUAAUGACUGUUGGCAACUUGGCCGUAUGUUUUGGUCCGUCUUUAUUACGACCAGAGGAAGAAACAGUAGCCUCUAUAAUGGACAUUAAGUUCUAUAACAUUGUAGUUGAAAUUUUAAUUGAAAAUUGCGACAGAAUAGUUGCUGGCCCACCACAAGAUAUGCGGUCAACGCAAAUUCCACAAACUACUGCUCCUUCCAAAUCACAACGUGUCGUUGUAGAUGAUGGUUCAACGUCCUCUGGAAAUGGCACUUCGUUUGUAAGACAUCCAAUGCACACUACUGUAUCUUCGCCACAUGCACAUCUCGUUACAAGAUCAUAUUAUGACGGUCCAUUAUCGGUUGUUACUAAGUCGUCCUCUGUUGAUGACCUAAAGAAUGGAGACUUCGAAGAAACCGAACACACAAGCCAUAGAAUGCCAAUAUAUUUAGACAAUCGAAGCGCACGUAUUAAAUUGAAUAACACGAUUGUUACGUAUCAUUCGCCGGAUAAAGUAUCAACGAGUGGUAACACGAGUAGUUCAAAUGAAUCAAUUGCAUCUGACCCACACUCAUUUACUGACUUGCCAGUGAAACAAAAACGUGGUUCUAUGAUGCCUCUACAUUAUCCAUCGAGUUACGCUCAGCGAAGUAAUCCAUCAGUAUCUGUAGUUAAUACGUCACCUAGUAGUGGACGUUCAAGUCCUGGGAGAGUUCGUACUUUAUAUGCUUGUAUGGCAGAAUGUGAUGGCGAAUUAUCAUUUGAGCCAAAUCAAAUUAUUACAAAUGUAAAGGCCUCUUUGGAGCCAGGAUGGUUAGAAGGUACGUUAAAUGGCAAGACAGGACUGGUCCCAAAGAACUAUGUUGAACAAUUACCUUGAAUUUGGAAAAACCAAAGAGUGCCUACAUUGUUUUUACAUUCCAUAAUUGUAGUUUUUUUUAGCACUAUUGCCUACUGAAGCAUAUAUUCGUGAAUAUUACGAUGACAUGUGAAACGCAAUGCUUUUCUAUUUAAAUUCCUUUGGGUACAAUUUACAUAGUCAAUUAUAUAUACAUUCGUAUAUACACCUUUUAUUUAUUAGGAGCCUCUUUGCUCAAGAAGGUCUAUAUUGUAUAUAAUCAAUUGUAGAAAAAUUUAUAUAUACAUAUAAAAGCAUAUAACGUUAAUAUAUUACACGAUAUUUAAAUAUAUUUGUACUGAAAGAUAUUGCUCCAGUAUGUAGUUUGUAGGAGAUCUCAUAGGCAAUAAUCAUUUGUUUAUAUUGCAAUAAUAUAUACUAUACAAUAUAAGAAUGUGAUACGGAAUAAAUAAAUACCAAAUAUAA